GAAACAAAAAUGGUAAAAACUCGAUGCACACCACUCGACGAUAACCGCACACCAUAACGGCUCCCCCUGACGGCGCUCCCGAGAUUCUAUAGAAUUUCCGACCAUCAAAGCUGCAGAACCAUAACGGCUCCGUCAUCUCCGGUUCCCCUACCGCGUCCUUUAGAGCCAGCCUCCUCCCUCCCUCCCCUCCCCUAAAACCAUAAUUAAACGCAGAAGAGCGAAGCGUCUCCCUUCCGAGGAGCUCUGGCUCCUCCGGCGGCGGUCAGCCAGCCACCGCUGCCGGCCAUGAAGACUAACAAGAAGGAGACUCAAGGGGCUCUCAUCCUCGGCCGUUACGAGCUGCUGAAGCUCCUGGGGCAAGGAACAUUCGCCAAAGUCUUCCACGCCAAGAACCUGAAGACCGAUGAAUCCGUCGCCAUUAAAGUCCUCGACAAGGAGCGCAUUUUAAAGAGCGGUCUUGUCGCCCACAUCAAGCGCGAGAUCGCCAUUCUCCGCCGCGUUCGCCAUCCCUACAUUGUCCAUCUCCUGGAGGUAAUGGCCAGCAAGUCCAAGAUAUACUUUGUGAUGGAAUACGUAUGCGGAGGCGAGCUAUUCAGCAAAGUCGCCAAAGGCCGGCUGAAGGAGGACGCCGCUCGCCGAUACUUCCAGCAGCUGAUAUCGGCCGUUGGUUUCUGCCACGCGCGCGGCGUCUUCCAUCGAGAUCUCAAGCCGGAGAACCUCCUCCUUGACGAAAAUGGGGAUCUCAAAGUCUCUGAUUUUGGGCUCAGCGCGGUCUCUGAUCAGAUUCGGCUGGACGGGCUCUUCCACACCUUUUGCGGAACUCCGGCGUAUGUCGCGCCGGAGGUUCUCACCAGGAAGGGAUAUCAAGGGGCCAGCGUCGAUGUCUGGUCAUGCGGGAUCAUCCUCUUUGUGCUUAUGGCUGGCUAUCUCCCUUUCCACGACCAGAACAUCAUGGCAAUGUACCGCAAAAUCUAUAAAGGGGAAUUUCGAUGCCCCAAAUGGUUCUCCACCGAUCUCAGCAACCUUCUCUUUCGCCUCCUGGACACGAAUCCCCAGUCGCGGAUCACCAUUCCUGAAAUCAUGGAGAAUGUCUGGUUCAAACAGGGGUUCCGCCAUAUUCGAUUCUACAUCGAGAAUGACAAGCUGCACAGCCUAGAUGAAACUGUUGAUUCGCCGACUGUAAAUGCCACGGAGACUCCGCGAUCCCAGCAGCGGCAUGAUGAGACCUCCGAUUCUGGCUGCGAUUCCGAUACUUCUGUCGCCUCCUGCCCGGCGGCCAUUUCCGUCUCUAAUAACAAUCAGAUGAUGGGGGUUCCAAGACCAGCGAGCCUGAAUGCAUUCGACAUCAUAUCCUUCUCGCAAAGUUUUAAUCUUUCUGGAUUGUUUGAAGAGAGCGGGGAGGAGGCAAGGUUUAUAUCCGGGGAGCCCGUGCCUGUGAUUAUAUCAAAAUUGGAGGAGAUUGCGACGUUGGUGAGCUUCAGUGUGAGGAAGAAGGACUUCAUGGUGAGCUUGGAAGGGACCAGAGAGGGAGAGAAGGGGCCAUUGACGAUAGCCGCAGAGAUAUUUGAGCUAACUCCUUCACUUGUGGUGGUGGAGGUGAAGAAGAAAGCGGGGGACAGAAGAGAGUAUGAGAAGUUCUAUAACAUGGAUCUAAAGCCGGGAUUGCAGAGCCUAAUGUAUGUAUCUGCUGCUCACAACAAUUUCGCUUCCAACACCAAGUAGAAGUGACAAAUUUCAUCGUUUUUUAUUUUUUUAUUUUUUUCCCAUUUGGCUGCACAAAUUUCCCUACUUUAAUUUAUUGAUUCAUGUUUUGUAACUUUUUGGUUCCAUUUGUCACAAUUUUUUACCA